AUGGUUGAGCGCGGCCUCGAGGCUAACCAAAACUUAGUGCUCGAACAGAACCGGUUGGCCGUAGAGCUACUGCCACCCACUUGCAACCUGAACGCAUGCCUCGGUCUCACCGGCACCUUUUCAUGCAUUGUAUCCGCGCUAGGGGUCGGAGACACGGCGGCGUUGCAGCGGUGCUUGACGAACGGGCUGGCUGAGAUUUGCUCUUGUGCCGCCUGUGUCCCUGUGGUUUCUAAUAUCCUCAAUUCUCUCGGCGUCUGCGUCACGGGUCAGGUGCCACCGGGCAACAUUACCCUCACUCCGUUCUUUAACACAUUCGCGACAGCUACUGCUGUUUCGCGGGACGGAGGUGUCCAUAGUGGGACGACCGUGACUCGAUCAGUUCACGUUUAG